AUGGAGUGCGUCUGCACCUCAUCCUUUUCUGUAUCUUUGAAUGGUUCCCUACGCGGAUUCUUUCCGAGGAAGAAAGGCCUACAGAAAGGGGACCCGAUGUCGCCGGCCCUCUUCCUACUUAGCAUGGAAUACCUUUCCCGUAUGAUCAAGAGGAAGACUUCCAACUCAGACUUCAACUAUCACCCAAAAUGUGAAAAGUUGAAAAUCACUCACCUCCUCUUUGCCGAUGACUUGAUGCUUUUCUCUCGAGGAGACCUUCCAUCUAUCCACAUCCUGAUGGAAUGUCUGAAAGAUUUUAAGGACGCAUCCGGCCUUUCCGUUAAUACCUCCAAGUCGUGCAUUUUUACAGCGGGCAUCCGGAAUGAGGAACUUGAUGAAAUUCUUGCAAGGACAGCAUUUGCGAGAGGGCGUGGAGUGCUUUUGGCUCCAAGUUUUCCCUCUUCCAGCGGUGGUCAUCCUCUUCCAGUGGUGGUCAUCAAGAAAAUUCACCGUCUCUGUAAGAACUUCCUAUGGAAUUCUAGGAGGACACCGGUCGCUUGGGAGGAAAUCUGCCAUCCCAAGGAAGAAGGGGGACUCGGUAUUCGGCACAUACAGUCUUGGAACAUGGCUCUACUUGCUCGUGUGUUAUGGAACAUUCACCGCAAGGUAGACACGUUGUGGGUGCAGUGGGUCAACGGUGUCUACCUCAAAGAUGCAUCAAUCUGGGACUGGCAACCGAAGAAGGGGGAUUCUCUACUCCUUCAACGGCUUGCCAAAAUCCGCAAUAGGAUGAUCACUGAAUUUGGGUCUUUAGAGGCAGCGAUUGAGCAGAUGACGAAAUGGUCCACCCCAAAGGGUCUCCAAACAUCGAAAGCCUAA